CAUUUUGAUAUUGAUUUUGGCCUAAGAAAAUUUUUAAUUCAUUAUUUAUGUAAUUAUCAAAUUAAAUAAAUUUCGCUUUUCUGUGAAUAAACAUGAACAUGAAAUGAAUACUCGAAUAGGAACAAAUGCCUUAAAACUAAAUCAAUGUGUAGGUUUCAAAGCAAUAAUAAGGACGAUUCUAAACAAAUCGAAAGCGGUGGAUCUGGUGUUUAAAGUCUAUGGUCCCAGCCUAACACCUGAUACUGUGCCUAUAAUAGUGCUCCAUGGUUUCCUGGGCAGCAUGAGAAAUUGGCAGAGCAUGUGUAAUAGAAUAACCUCGCACACAAACAGAUCUGUGAUAGCAGUGGACGCUCGUAACCAUGGCGACAGCCCGCACGCUGAUUCCCAUAACUACCUCGACCUAGCAGCUGAUGUCUCUAAGCUAAUAACAAAGUUAGCUAUCAAAAAAAGCAUCAUUAUCGGCCACAGCAUGGGAGGCAGAACUGCAAUGGUUUUGUCCUUGUCAGAGCCAUCCAAAAUAGCAAGUCAGGUCAUAGCUGAUAUAUCACCGGUCACGACCACAACUGGUUUAAAAGAUUUCUUUCCGAAGGUUUUAGAAGUAAUGGCUUCUGUCGACUUUAAAGGGAAAGAUUUGGUUAAUGCACAAAAGGAAGCUAAAAAUGUUAUAUUGAAAAACGAUUUAUUCGAACAUCCAGAAAGCGUCUACUUCAUCUUAAUGAAUAUUGGGAGGUUACCUAAUAAUACUUACGGAUGGAAGUGCAAUGUUCCAACAUUAAAGAAGGAUUUCCAUCACAUCGCCGAUUUUCCUAAAGACGUUUUGAGUGGAAGAACUUUUGAGGGUCCUGUGCUAUUCAUCGGUGGUUCUGAAUCGAGCUUUAUUCCACCUGGAGACAUAACCGGGAUCAAACAGUUGUUUCCCAAAGCUGUUCUUCGCUACAUUCCAAAUGUCGGCCACAACGUGCAUGCUGAAGACCCAAAUGCCUUUUUUAAUAUGGUUGUACAAUUUUUAGCGGACGUUGAAAAGAGAUAAGCCCAAGCUUGGUGCUUUUAAGAUAUCUUCGAUCUAAUAAAGAAGUUCGCUGUCAACAAAGGUAUUCUUGUUGGCCACAGCAUUGGAGCCAUCCAAAAUAGCAAGGCAGAUCGUAAUAGAUAUAUCACCGGUCUCGACCUGCCAAAGCCUAAAAAAAUUCUUUCCGCAUGUCUUAGAAGUAAUGUCGGCCAUGGACUUUAAAGGGAAAGAUUUG